AUGAAGCCCCCCCCCCUCUUCUCGUACGUGGUUUGUCCUGUCUCUGUUCAAGCUCGUAGCGGGAAGACGACGACGACGACGACGUUGUUGUUGUUGUUGUUGUUGUUCUGUGGCACAUUUGUCAAAAAGCAGAAAAACUGUCACAGGAUGGAUACGACUACGUAUUUAAAGUCUCUGCUGCUGGCUAUCCAGCAGUACCGAGACGGCAGAACUGCCCAAAAUGCAGCGCAGCUACAGAGACAAGUGGAGGAGGUGUCCGGUCUUGAAUGUAACAAGCUGCUGUCCUCUGGACAGGUUUUACCCAGUGAGUGUGUGAGUAGUCUGGUGGAGCUGGCUGGAAACCCAAACACCAGCACGGCUUUGACAAGCUCCAUCAUCUCCCUGCUGGCACAUUUAGCGUGUGAUGAUGACAGCCGAGAGAUGCUUCACAGCAGCUUUAACCUCACCAGCACACUUGCCUUUGUCAUCCACCAGUACAGUGCCACACCAGGAGAGCCUCUAGUGCUGCAGUGUCUACAGGUUCUGCAGAAACUCACUUACAAAACUCAGAUCUUCCAGUCUUCUAACUACAUUCCGGAGCUUAUUUCUUUUCUCAUGGCCAACAUCCAGUCUAAAAGUGACGACAUCAUCAUUCCCUGCCUCGGCCUUAUGGCCAAUUUGUGCCGUGACAACCACUCAGUGCAGAGCUACAUCAAGUCUUUGGAUAACGUGAAGUCAUUUUAUCGCACACUAAUUAAUUUCCUGGCUCACAACAGUCUAACUGUGGUGGUCUUCACACUGUCUAUACUGGCCAGCCUCACACUGAAUGAAAAGGUUGGAGAGAAGCUCUUUGAUUCCAAGAACAUCCACCAGACUUUCCAGCUUGUGUUCAACAUUAUUGUGAAUGGUGACGGUACUCUGACGAGAAAAUACUCAGUUGAUUUGUUGGUCGACUUGUUGAAGAACCCAAAAAUAGGAGAUUUUCUCACUAGGUAUCAGCACUUUUCAGCAUGUGUGUCUCAAGUUUUAGGACUGUUGCAUUCAAAAGAUCCAGACUCUGCAGCCAAGGUGUUGGAGCUCCUUCUGGCCAUGUGCAGCGUCUCAGGCUUGCGUUUGCUCCUGUGUCAGGUGGUUUUUAAACCCAAUGGACCCAAACUGAGAGCUGUCGCCCGCAGACAAGUGGCUGUGCUGGAUGUGGGAUGCACAGCAGAGCCUGGACUCGCCCUGGUGCAGUGGCUUAGCUCCCCUUUAGAGGGUGCUGAGUCCUGCUCACUUCAAGCGUUGCAGCUAUUAAACGAGUUGCUGGAGGAGGCGCUCGGGGAGGAGAACAUGUCCAAUUGUGUGCUGACUUUUGUAGACAUGUUGCUGCCAGUUCUCUUAGGGCUGCUGAAGGGCAUCGAUCCUGCACAGGGAGAUUCCCACUUAAAGAAACACUGUCACCGUGUGACAUAUGUCACCACUCUGCUGCUCAUGUUGUGUGCUGAGGACUCCACCAGAUCUUUGGUGUCCCAUCAAGUGAGCUCUCAACUCUUCCUCUCACUAGUUGAAUCUCUUAUUUCAUGUUGCUAUAGCAACAAGCCUCUACCCUGCCUACAUCCUGGCUCUGACAAUGAUCUGAGUCAGGUGUGUGCUGAAGCUCUGCUUAAGACUCUAGAGUUAAUGAGCAAACUGAGGCAACAAGUGAAGGACAUGGAGACCAGCUUCUACAGGAUGUUACAAGACCAAAGAGUAGUGACUCCACUCUCUCUGGCACUGACGUCCCACCGCAGAGAGCGUGUGCAGACUGGACUGUGUUUGUUGUUUGAAGCGACCCCCCUUCCGGACUUCCCUAUACUGGUCCUGGGAGAAAGUAUCGCUGCCAACAACGCCUAUCGCCAGAGGGAGGCCGAGCUGCCCAUUAAACGUGUUGCAGUUCAGGACGUCUCCCCCCUGUGGACAAAUGCUGGCUCACUGGAGUCUUCCAGUGUCUCCAGCAGGAGUGUCCACAAUCUAACUGAGAAGAUACAGAACGGUCUAGAGCUGCAGGAACAGGUUAAGGACUCCCACGUGUCUGAAAUCAUCGACGUCUAUGAACAGAAGCUCUCUGCAUUUGCGUCGAAGGAGAGCCGUCUGCAGGACCUGCUGGAAGCCAAGGCUUUAGCUCUGUCUCAGGCCGAUCGUCUCAUUGCUCAGUAUCGCUUCCAGCGCGCUCAAGCUGAGGCCGAGGCUCGUAAGCUGGCCUGCCUCCUCAAGGAGGCUGAGCGUCGACGUGAGGACCUGCAGAGCGAGCUGAGCAGCCAGGUUCUGGAGGUGGAGCGAUCCAAAGCUGACAUGGAGGAGCUGCUGCAGCACAACGACAGGCUGCAGAAAGACUCUGAGGAGCACCAGGCACUCAAAGGUGCUUACAACGCCCUGCUGAACAGGACCGCAACUCAACUGGAGGAGAGACAGGAGGAGAUCAGGCUGCUCCGCUUAGAAAUACAACAGAAGAACAGCGACAUAGCAGGUCUUCGUGGUGACCUUCGAGCAGAAGAAGAGAAGGUGAAACAGAAGGAUCAGGAGAGGAGAGAACUGGAGGAGACGGUGGAUGUUUUAAGGAAGGAGCUUAACAAGACUGAGCAGGCGAGGAAGGAUGCCAGCAUCAAGGCAUCAUCGCUGGAGCUGCAGAAGAGUCAGCUGGAGACAAAACUGAAGCAGAAGGAGGACGAGCUGAACAAACACUCUGCGAUGAUCGCCAUGAUUCACAGCCUCAGCAGCGGCAAAAUGAAGAGCGAUGUCAACCUGUCCCUCUGAGUCACGUCCUUUUAAAACUUACUGUAGAGAAAUAAACCUGGACUAUGAACUUCCAUUUUAAAUUUGAAUGAGUUUAAUGAAAUGAUGAUGCUCAGAUUUUAUUUGUGUGUGUUUGAUAAAUGAUUAUAAAAGCAUAAAUCAGGAGGAGCAAAUUGUAAAGAAAGGUGCUGGAUGUGAGUUUACACCUUCAGACAAAUCAAAAACCUGGAUUUAGAGUGGAAAUAAAAAAAAGCUUCCAACAGUUCCUUUUGUUAUAAUGAUACAUAUCUGUGUAAUAUCCGUAUUUCUAACUUUGCUUCAAAUCUUGUACUGCUUUUAAAAUCAAUAUUAAUAAAAUGAAAACCUACGUAA